AUGCCUCCUAAGCCCAAGCGCACGUCUCAAACACGCACGCGAAGUUCUGCGAAGCGGGCGCGUGUGACAGAACUGAUCGAAACCCGCCCUGGACCGAGUGCUCAACAACAAGCUGAAGCUUCAACAGAGCACCCUCUCAUGGCCGUUAACAUGCAGGCCCUCUCGACCUCGAUUUCUAACGCUGUACAGCUAGCUGUCGCGGAGGCAAUGAAAGCGCAAUGGGCAGCCGCACCUAACCAGGGGACACAGUCCUCCACGGACCAGUCAGUGGCCAAUGUAGUAAACGCAUCCUUGGCCGAGAUCACCCAAGGUACUCCACCACGUAGCGAAUACAUUGUCACCUUAGCUGAGCCUGGGUUAGACUCGCAGGCUCCGAAACAAAUUUUUUCCAGCGUGGCUGUUUCUCUUAGCAGUCGGGUGAGUUCCAAAGUCAAGGCCAAAAUCUGGUCCAACGAAUAUCUUGAUUAA